AUGAACCCCUCUGUUGUGGCUGCCCACAAGAGGAUUGGACUUCUCCAAAGGUUCAAUAAGUGGCAAGGGAAAGCCAUGGACAAGAUGCAAAAGUCCAUGGAUAAGAUGGUGAGCAAGAUCAAGAGUUUGGAGAAGAAGGUCUAUAGUUCUUCAUCCAAGAAGAAGAAGGCAACCAUGGCCCCUACUUUCCCUAGAAGUAGAUCACUCCUUACCACCCCAAGGAGACUCCCUGCCCAAGAGCCUCACAGAGCCUCUUCAUUCGAGACUAGGGAAGGAAGAAACAACACGCAGAGGCGGAGGAAGAGUUCCAAGAGCCGACGCUCCAACUCGAUCAGUGAGCUUGACCGAGCUGAGGGUCGAGUUGACCUGGAGGAGCCUCUGUUUGAGAACCCUGGAUUCGAGUACGAUCCAACGCCCUUCCCUCAGAGCCACUGGACUCCCUACAACCGUUUCGAGCGCGCACAGCUCCACCAAGGCCAAGGAAGCCACACACACUUCAAUGAAGAAGAAGAAGAAGAGGAGGAGCCGUAA